UAUUAUCCAAUACAAAAUUAUGGCGCUUGUAUUGACAGAAGAUAUUAUUCGAACCAGAGUUAAUUUACUACAUAAUAACUUGGAAGAUGUCAAGUCUCUGUCAUUACCUGGUUCCUACCAGGAUAAAAUUACUUCCGUUGGAAAGUCUUUGAGGAAAUUCAGUCGUCUGAAGGUGCUGGAUUUAUCUCGAAAUUCUCUCACAAGUCUUUCUGGUCUUGAACAUUUAAAGCUGUUGGAAAAACUCAAUCUAUAUUACAAUAAUAUAGCUUCUUUGGAAGAGCUGAAGGUGUUGCAGAAGAACCAGAACUUGCUGGAAUUAGAUUUACGCCUGAAUCCAGUGACACGUAAUGAUCCAGACUAUCGACUUUAUCUCAUUCAGCUGCUGCCUAACUUACAGAAACUAGAUGAUCGCUGCAUUCGUGAUCGAGAACGACAAUCAGCACAGCUUCAUUUCAGUGAAUCUGAAGACUUUGGGCAGAAACCAGAACCAGAGUGUGACAUUAGUAACUCCCGUGCCCAGUUUGUAAAAUCACUUGUUUGUGGUAAAGUAUUCAGUGAUGAUAUCGGUGUCCUUGAUAUCCUUGAUCCCACUCGUACUAAAUUUAUUCAACCACAACAGUUAUCUGGUUCAGCAGCCAAGCAACCUUCUAUUGAGGUAUAUUCUUUUGAAGCCCUGAAACAGAUGAAAUCAAAAGAACCAUCUGACCCAAAGCAAACCACUGACGCUAAUAGCAGAGUGACAUCAGAAGAUGCUGCAAACUCUGAGAAACACAAGUCUCUGAAUGAUGGAAUCUACUCGGACUACUCAAAAUUAGACAGUGGGAGCAGUGAAACACAACCAAAAGCUCAGACAUAUCAAACCAAAUUUGCAGUGCCAAUUUCACACCAGGAAGAAGUUGAAGCUUAUUCUAAAUACACUGGACGUUCUACCUUUACACCACAACCAGGACACACUGCUGAUAAUGGAUUGCACCAACCAAAAGAACCAUUAGUGUUGCAACAGCAGCAAAACACUGACCAUCAGAACCACCACCACCACCACCAGCAAAACCAACAACAGGCACAAGAACAACAACAUCUAAAGUAUAAGCAUUCCUCUUCUCAGGCAUUAAAAUCCUCUUCAUCAACUGUGAUCUCUUGUGAAGGAUCUGAAGCUUCGAAAGCCUCUGAUGGCCCCAGUGUAGAUCGAUUACUUCUCAAGAUUAUGGAUUUUGUCGAUAAAUAUUGGAAUGGGGCCCAGUCACUUCAUAGAAAUGUGAAAUUCAAAUCCAUAGCAAAGAAUUUGAUAGAGAAACACAUGGCUCAGUGUGAUAAAGAAUCUGUAAUGCAUCCUCAGUUUUCAUCAGACCUUUUUGGUAAAUCCACGGCACCAGACAAAGCAAGAACUGUUGAAAGAAGUCUAGAAUGUAGACCCGGCCAAGCAACACACCCUGACGUGGUUUGUCUGAAAACUCAGUUGGAACAAUGUUUGGAAGAAAACAAGAAACUGAGAGAGGAUCUACAAUGGUUAUUGAUCAAGAAAUCAAAGUCAGGAACUGAGGAAUUUGUCGCUGACACAACUCAAUGCAAAGAACUGAAAGACCAAAAUCUUCAGCUGAAAAAAGAUGUUGAAUUGUUAGAAUCCAAAUUGGAACAGUAUUAUCAGAUCCAGACUCUGGCAGACAUGCUUCAAGAAAGUCACAAGUCCCUGAUUCAAACCAAUAAUCAUCUUCUACAAGAAGUUGAAGAAAAUAAGCAACGCCACCAGGGAGAAGUCCAACAGUUGCAGUGGAACUAUGAACAACUGCGCCAAACUAUAUCUGCCUUGGAUUCAGUCUCAGACAUUGCAUCAACCGAAGCAGGCAUUCCUUUCUCUUUGGUAGCCGAGAAUAUGGCCCAGUCUACAGCUAAACUCUAUGACAGUGAUGAAAAGGAAUCGCUUUUUUCAGAAAAGAUCUCCUCUGACCAGUGACAAUCUCUGUGCUUUGUGUAUGUGUGUGUGUGUGUGUGCAAGUGUUACAAUGUAUGUGUAUUUUAAUAUGAAAUAAGGCUGUGUGUUUUAUUCUUUCCAGUUAUCAACUGUUCUGUUCCAAUAUAUAUAUAUAUAUAUAUAUAUAUAUAUAUAUAUUUGGCAUUAGGAAGGGCAUCCAACCAUAGAA